AUGUCUUCUCUUUCUUUUCUUGCUUCUCUCGACCGUCUUCUCCUUCAGCUGUCUUCUCCAUCGACCGUCUUCUCUCUCGGCCGUCUUCUCGCUCAGCCGUCUUCUGCUUCGACCGUCUUCUCUCUUGGCCGUCUUCUCCUUCGGUCGUCUUCUCUCUCGGCCGUCUUCUCCCUGGGCUGUCUUCUCCCUCGGCCGUCUUCUCCCUCGGCCGUCUUCUCCCUCGGCUGUCUUCUCUUUCGGCCGUCUUCUCUCUCGGCUGUCUUCUUCCUCAGCGUCUUCUCCCCUGGCCGUCUUCUCCCUCGGCUGUCUUCUCUCUCGGCUGUCUUCUUCUUCGGCCGUCUUGUCCCUGGGCUGUCUUCUCCCUCGGCUGUCGUCUUCUUCGGCCGUCUUCUCUCUCGGCCGUCUUCUUCCUCAACCGUCUUCUCUCUCGCUGUCUUCUCCUUCGGCCCGUCUUCUCCCUCAGCCGUCUUCUUCCUCGGCCGUCUUCUCCCUCGGUUGUCUUCUCCUUCGGCCGUCUUCUCCCUGGGCUGUCUUCUCCCUCGGCCGUCUUCUCCAUCGGCUGUCUUCUCUCUCGGCUGUCUUCUUCUUCGGCCGACUUCUCCCUCGGCCGUCUUCUUCUUCGGCCCUCUUCUCUCUCGGCUGUCUUCUCCUUUGGUCGUCUUCUCCUUGGGCUGUCUUCUCCCUCGGCCGUCUUCUCCCUCGGCUGUCUUCUCCUUCGGCCUUCUUCUCCCUGGGCUGUCUUCUCCCUCGGCCGUCUUCUCCCUCGGCUGUCUUCCCCCUCGGUCGUCUUUUCCUUCGGCCGUCUUCUCCCUCGGCCGUCUUCUCCUUCGGCUAUCUUCUCUCUCGGCUAUCUUCUCCAUCGGCUAUCUUCUCCCUCGGUCGUCUUUUCCUUCGGCCGUCUUCUCCCUGGGCUGUCUUCUCCUUCGGCCGUCUUCUCCCUCGGCCGUCUUCUCUCUCGGCUGUCUUCUAUUUCGGCCGUCUUCUCCCUGCGCUGUCUUCUCCCUCGGCCCUCUACUCUCUCGGCUGUCUUCUCCCUCGGUCGUCUUUUCCUUCGGCCGUCUUCUCCCUGGGCGUUGUCUUCUCCUUCGGCCGUCUUCUCCCUCGGCCGUCUUCUCCCUCGGCUGUCUUCUAUUUCGGCCGUCUUCUCCCUGGGCUGUCUUCUCCCUCGGCCCUCUUCUCCCUCGGCUGUCUUCUCCCUCGGUCGUCUUUUCCUUCGGCCGUCUUCUCCCUCGGCUGUCUUCUCCUUCGGCCGUCUUCUUCCUGGGCUGUCUUCUCCCUCGGCCGUCUUCUCCCUCGGCUGUCUUCUCUCUCGGCUGUCUUCUUCUUCGGCCGUCUUCUCCCUCGGCCGUCUUCUUCCUCGGCCGUCUUCUCCCUCGGCUGUUUUCUCCCUCGGCUGUCUUCUCCCUAGGCUGUCUUCUCCCUCGGUCGUCUUUUCCUUGGGCCGUCUUCUCCCUGGGCCGUCUUCUCCUUCGGCCGUCUUCUCCCUCGGCCGUCUACUCACUCGGCUGUCUUCUCCUUCGGUCGUCUUCUCCCUGGUCUGUCUUCUCCCUCGGCCGUCUUCUCCCUCGGCUGUCUUCUCCCUCGGUCGUCUUUUCUUUCGGCCGUCUUCUCCCUGGGCUGUCUUCUCCUUCGGCCGUCUUCUCCCUCGGCCGUCUUGUCCCUCGGCUGUCUUCUCCUUCCACCGUCUUCUCCCUGGGCUGUCUUCUCCCUCGGCUGUCUUCUCCCUCGGUCGUCUUUUCCUCGGCCAUCUUCUCCAUGGGCUGUUUUCUCCUUCGGCCGUCUUCUCCCUCGGCCGUCUUCUCCCUCGGCAGUCUUCUAUUUCGGCCGUCUUCUCCCUGGGCUGCCUUCUCCCUCGGCCCUCUUCUCCCUCGGCUGUCUUCUCCUUCGGCCGUCUUCUCCCUCGGCCGUCUUCUUCCUCGGCUGUCUUCUAUUUCGGCCGUCUUCUCCCUGGGCUGUCUUCUCCCUCGGCCCUCUUCUCCCUCGGCUGUCUUCUCCCUCGGCUGUCUUCUCCCUCGGUCAUCUUUUCCUUCGGCCGUCUUCUCCCUGGGCCGUCUUCUCCCUGGGCUGUCUUCUCCCUCGGCCCUCUUCUCCCCCGGCUGUCUUCUCUCUCGGCUGUCUUCUUCUUCGGCCGUCUUCUCCCUCGGCCGUCUUCUUCCUCGGCCCUCUCCUCUCUCUCGGCUGUCUUCUCCCUCGGCUGUCUUCUCCCUCGGCUGUCGUCUUCUUCGGCCGUCUUCUCUCUCGGCCGUCUUCUUCCUCGGCUGUCUUCUCUCUCGGCUGUCUUCUUCUUCGGCCGACUUCUCCCUCGGCCGUCUUCUUCUUCGGCCCUCUUCUCUCUCGGCUGUCUUCUCCUUUGGUCGUCUUCUCCUUGGGCUGUCUUCUCCCUCGGCCGUCUUCUCCCUCGGCUGUCUUCUCCUUCGGCCUUCUUCUCACUGGGCUGUCUUCUCUCUCGGCUAUCUUCUCCAUCGGCUAUCUUCUCACUCGGUCGUCUUUUCCUUCGGCCGUCUUCUCCCUGGGCUGUCUUCUCCUUCGGCCGUCUUCUCCCUCGGCCGUCUUCUCUCUCGGCUGUCUUCUAUUUCGGCCGUUUUCUCCCUGCGCUGUCUUCUCCCCUCGGCCCUCUACUCUCUCGGCUGUCUUCUCCCUCGGUCGUCUUUUUCCUUCGGCCGUCUUCUCCCCUGGGCGUUGUCUUCUCCUUCGGCCGUCUUCUCCCUCGGCCGUCUUCUCCCUCGGCUGUCUUCUAUUUCGGCCGUCUUCUCCCUGGGCUGUCUUCUCCCUCGGCCCUCUUCUCCCUCGGCUGUCUUCUCCCUCGGUCGUCUUUUCCUUCGGCCGUCUUCUCCCUCGGCUGUCUUCUCCUUCGGCCGUCUUCUUCCUGGGCUGUCUUCUCCCUCGGCCGUCUUCUCCUCGGCUGUCUUCUCUCUCAGCUCUUCUUCUUCGGCCGUCUUCUCCCUCAGCCGUCUUCUUCCUCAACCGUCUUCUUCCUCAGCCGUCUUCUCCCUCAGCUGUUUUUUCUCCCUCGGCUGUCUUCUCCCUAGGCUGUCUUCUCCCUCGGUCGUCUUUUCCUUGGGCCGUCUUCUCCCUGGGCCGUCUUCUCCUUCGGCCGUCUUCUCCCCUCGGCCGUCUACUCACUCAGCUGUCUUCUCCUUCAGUCGUCUUCUCCCUGGUCUGUCUUCUCCCUCAGCCGUCUUCUCCCUCAGCUGUCUUCUCCCUCAGUCGUCUUUUCUUUCGGCCGUCUUCUCCCUGGGCUGUCUUCUCCUUCAGCCGUCUUCUCCCUCAGCCGUCUUGUCCCUCGGCUGUCUUCUCCUUCCACCGUCUUCUCCCUGGGCUGUCUUCUCCUCGGCUGUCUUCUCCCUCAGUCGUCUUUUCCUCGGCCAUCUUCUCCAUGGGCUGUUUUUUUUCUCCUUCGGCCGUCUUCUCCCUCGGCCGUCUUCUCCCUCAACAGUCUUCUAUUUCGGCCGUCUUCUCCCUAGGCUGCCUUCUCCCUCAGCCCUCUUCUCCCUCAACUGUCUUCUCCUUCGGCCGUCUUCUCCCUCAGCCGUCUUCUUCCUCAACUGUCUUCUAUUUCGGCCGUCUUCUCCCUGGGCUGUCUUCUCCCUCGGCCCUCUUCUCCCUCAGCUGUCUUCUCCCUCGGCUGUCUUCUCCCUCGGUCAUCUUUUCCUUCGGCCGUCUUCUCCCUGGGCCGUCUUCUCCCUGGGCUGUCUUCUCCCUCGGCCCUCUUCUCCCCAGCUGUCUUCUCUCUCCCUGUCUUCUUCUUCGGCCGUCUUCUCCCUCGGCCGUCUUCUUCCUCGGCCCUCUCCUCUCUCUCGGCUGUCUUCUCCUUCGGCCGUCUUCUCCCUCGGCCGUCUUCUCCCUCGGCUGUCUUCUAUUUCGGCCGUCUUCUCCCUCGGCUGUCUUCUCCCUCGGCCCUCUUCUCCCUCGGCCGUCUUCUCCCUCGGUCGUCUUUUCCUUCGGCCGUCUUCUCCCUGGGCCGUCUUCUCCCUGGGCUGUCUUCUCCCUCGGCCGUCUUCUCCCUGGGCUGUCUUCUCCUUCGGCUGUCUUCUCCUUCGGCCGUCUUCUCCCUCUGCCGUCUUCUCCCCCGUCUGUCUUCUGCUUCGGCCGUCUUCUCCCUCGGCUGUCUUCUCCUUCGGGCGUCUUCUCCCUCGGCCGUCUUCUCUCUGGGCUGUCUUCUCCCUCAGCUGUCUUCUCCCCCGGCUGUCUUCUUCUUUUGCCGUCUUCUCCCUCGGCUGUCUUCUUCUUCGGCCGUCUUCUCCCUCGGCCGUCUUCUUCCUCGGCCCUCUUCUCUCUCGGCUGUCUUCUCCCUCGGCUGUCUUCUCCUUCGGCCGUCUUCUCCCUCGGCCGUCUUCUCUCUGGGCUGUCUUCUCCCUCAGCUGUCUUCUCCCCCGGCUGUCUUCUCCUUCCGCCGUCUUCUCCCUUGGCUGUCUUCUUCUUCGGCCGUCUUCUCCCUCGGCCGUCUUCUUCCUCGGCCCUCUUCUCUCUCGGCUGUUUUCUCCCUCGGCUGUCUUCUCCCUCGGUCGUCUUCUCCCUCGGCCGUCUUCUCCCUCGGCUGUCUUCUCCUUCGGCCGUCUUCUCCCUCGGCCGUCUUCUCCCUCGGCCGUCUUCUCCAUCGGCCGUCUUCUCCAUCGGCCGUCUUCUCCUUCGGCCGUCUUCUCCCUGGGCUGUCUUCUCCCUCGGCCGUCUUCUCCCUCGGCUGUCUUCCCCCUCGGCCGUCUUCUCCCUCGGCUGUCUUCCCCCUCGGCCGUCUUCUCCCUCGGCUGUCUUCUCCUUCGACUGUCUUCUUCCUCGGCUGUCUUCUCCCUCGGCUGUCUUCUCCCUCGGCCGUCUUCUCCCUUGGCCGUCUUUUCCCUGGGCUCUCUUCUCUCGGUCAAGUGA